CAUUAACAUGAACGCAAUGAUUAAAGCAGUUAAUGGUGAGACACGGCUGGAACACUAUUAAUGACUAGUUGAGUAGGCGGAGACUCCAGAUACAAUUAAGACGAAAGACACAAUAAAAGGCCACUGUUGCCGAUUGUCUCAAUAUUGGUGUGUGCUGUUUGGGAGCAAUGGCAAAUAUAAGGGUAUGUUUUGCACUUGUGGGGCUUUUUCUGGUUUUCAACUAUGUGAGCAGUACAUCUGCAUCUCCACAAGCUGUAAAAAUGCCACCUCAAGCUCCUCAGCUUCCUGUGAAGCCCACUUUGCAGCCGCAGAUGCCUGGCCAGGUUGCAAAAUGCCAAGUGCAAGACUAUGAAAGGGUUCCUUGUGGAGAACCAGGUAUCAACGGUGAUCAGUGCACCACUAUAAACUGCUGUUUUGAUGGCCGACAGUGCUAUUAUGGGAAAACGGUGACUGUCCAGUGUACCCUUGAUGGCCAGUUUGUGCUGGUGGUGGCCAGAGAUACAACAGUUCCCAGGAUAAGCCUGGAGUCCAUCAGCAUGUUGGGAGGAAACAGUGGACCCUGUAGUCCUGUUGACUCGAAUACAGCCUUUGCUAUAUACCAGUUUCCUGUAACUGCUUGUGGGACGACCAUGAUGGUACAAGGUGGUUAUGUGAUCUAUGAAAACAGGAUGCUCUCCUCCUAUGAAGUUGGAGUUGGACCCCGAGGCGCAAUCACCAGAGACACUCACUAUGAGCUUCACUUCCAGUGUAAAUAUUCAGGUGUUAGCUUUGCCACUCUGGCUAUUGACCCUUCAGCCAAUGCUGAUCCUCCGUCCAUUGUUGCUUCUGGACCACUCCAAGUAGAACUAAGACUAGGAAAUGGUCACUGUGUUGCAAAGGGGUGUGCAGAAGAUGAAGUAGCCUUUACCUCAUACUACAGUGCUGUUGACUACCCUGUGACUAAGGUUCUGAGGGAACCAGUGUAUGUUGAAGUGCACAUGGUGGGAAGAACUGAUCCAAAUAUUGUCCUGGUUUUGGGAGGCUGCUGGGCGACUGCUUCCCCUAACCCCUACAGCCUUCCCCAGUGGGAUCUUCUGGUGAAUGGGUGCCCAUACAGGGAUGACCGUUAUUUGACCAAGCUGAUGCCAGUUAAUGGGAUGUCUGGACUUGCGUAUCCUACCCAUUACAGACGCUUUGUCCUGAAGAUGUUCACAUUUGUGGAUCCAGAAUCUAUGGAUCCAAUGGAUGAGACGCUCUACAUCCACUGCAGUACAGCUGUAUGUCUUCCAACUGCACAAGACUCUUGUGAACCAACGUGUGCCAGAAGAAGAAGAGAUGCUGCUGCAGAAGGCUCUCCUCAUGCCUCAGGAGUAGUGUCUAGUGGACGUGUGAUCUUUACCAAAAGCUCCUCACCUCAGUUUGUUUAAAGUGAUGGAGAAUAAAAUAUCUUUUACUUUCAAUCUGGCUGUUUCGAUUCAAGUGUCUAGGCUACAUUCAGCUUGUGCACAAUUCAUCUAUGAUGGGUUCUGAGUUGUGAUCACUGGAGUAACAUUUACACUCGUGAUAUCUUGCAUGUACUCUCAAUACAUGUUGGCUUAUACAUGGUGCUUACUCAUAGCUGUAAUCCAGCAUGACUUGCAAAUGGGGGGGGGAAUUUACUGUAAAACUUAAAUGUGUUGCUGUCUUGAUCAGGAUUUAAGGGAGGGUACAACUCAAUGGCACCUUCCUGGUUAAAUAAGGGGUGGGUGAAUUAAAAAGUACAUCUAUGCAUAGGAUGACUGACUAAUGUAAACCUCUAUUGGUUGGCUUUGAAUCCUAUAAAU